AUGCCUCCAAUUCCUAUUCACACCUCAAGCCCUAUCACGGCAGCAAAGGCGUCAGGAAUCACCCCAAAGACAGCACAUUCAGAUGACACAGCGGCGCCAGCCGAAGGGCCUGCAAGCAAUGAAGUGCCGACGUCUACUUACCCGGCAGCUCAGCCAGGCGCUCGCCCGUCUAUGCCAGCUCCAACUGGGGUACCUCAACCUUCCGCCAACAUCCAGCCAACUCCAACGCGGGCAGUUGUAGAUUCGAGCCCCCCGGCCCCGCAGCCGGGAGCUGUACCGGAGCCGCAAAAUGGAGCAUAUUUACCACCACCUCCAAAGGCCGGCGAGACUUUACACGAGACACAAACACAGUUUACACCAGCACAAGUGCCCUAUGCGCCUAUAUCCAGCGGGUCAGAGUUCGCCGCUACCCGUUCAGCGACGACUGCAGCUCCUGUUCCUGGCCCGUCCCCUAUGGCUGGCUUGGGCCCAACCGGCAUGCUAGGCGGAGGCUCCGGAAGCGACCUAUCUCAUCCACCUGGUUAUCACCAAAACGUGCACGCGUCCGAGUUCUCCAGCUCCCAGCGUGCGGCUCACGAAGCAUCAGUCUCCCAGGAGCGCAGGCCAUCUCUGAUAGGAGACAACGAUGAGGAGGGAGUCUGGUCGGCCGCCAAGAAGUGGGCUUCGGCUGCAGGCGAGAGUCUUGCUGCAGCCGAGCAUGAAGUGUGGAAGAGGAUCAACAAGGAGUAA